AUGGCUCUUCAAUUUUCGGUGCUGUGGCAAUUAGUAAUUUUCCUAAGCGCUGCACAACAUUCGCUUGGAGCAAAGUUCGAGUAUGUUUUGGAGGACGAAUCAAUAUUUUCGGAAUGUUUGGAUCCGCCGCCGGGAUACGCGAAUAUAAGCGGGUUGGUUGAUUUUUCAAACGUGAACCUUGAAAUGGGUCCAGACGGUGUUCACGUCCGCGGAUACGUAACCUCUACGUGGGAUAUACAACCAAAGGAUCGCGUUGAGGGUCAGUUACAUCUGCUUCGUUUCGAGCGUGGCUCUUGGCAACCGACGAUACUAAAUAUGUCUUCCAAGGAUUUUUGCAAAAGGUUUCUUGACCCGAAUCAGUAUUGGUACGAUAUGUUUACGAGACAUAUUAUAAACCAGAAUGACGCUCAAGAAAAGUGUAUGAACUACAAAGGAACUGUUUUCUAUUUGGAGCCAUAUACCUUUAAAAUGAUCUUUAGUAAUGGUAGUCCCCUUCCUCCUGGGCGAAAUCGAAUGGUACUUCACUUGGUAGCAGUUGAUGAGAACAAUGUUCCGCGACCAAAUGGAAUUUGCUUUGAGAUAAAAGGGGAUUUUUAUAAAAUGGAGUAACUGAACUUUAACUAUACCUUUUAUUUACCACAAUAGAGUUAUACUCAUUGAUACGAGUGACUUAUUAUC